AUGGCGACGCAGAAAAAGGAAACUGAUUGGCAAUCCCCAGGUUUUCAUUGGCUCCUGGCCGUUUUUACCUCAGGAUCAAAACUCAACCUCUUACCAGCCCGGCGCUUCACCACCAGAGCCGCAAAGCCAAGUCCACAUUCUACCACCGGCAACGCGAAACGUGGAUACAUUUAUCCUGAUUCCACGUCGCUGUGCCUCUUAUCGGUGCUCUCCACACUCCUUGGGACCAAUCCUUCAUCACCAACACCGCAAAACCCAGGUAUGCACCUCUCGAAUCCUGCGGCGUCACCCACUGAUGUCCAGCAGAUCCAUCAUCCCGCACUCUACCACCGGCAACGCGAAACACGGAUACAUCUAUCCCUCCACGUCGCUGCACUUCUUAUCGGUGCCCUCCAAGCUCCCUGGACGAACGCUUCACUGCCAACGCUGCAAAACCCAGGUAUGCACCUCCCGAAUCCUGCGGCAUCACCCGCUGAUGUCCAGCAGAUCCGUCAUUACACAUCCUACCACUGGAAACACGAAACACGGAUACAUCUAUCCUUCCACGUCACUGCGCCUCUUAUCGGCACCCUCCAAGCUCCCUGGAUGAACGCUUCACCGCCAACGCCGCAGAACCUCUGUACGGCUUCUCUCACCUCCGCCCUCAGCCCGUGUCACUACUCGUCGUUCUCGCUUCAUUGGCAACACUCCGCCUCCAACCCAAACCACCGGCGCACCAGGUCAACCGCCAACGCCGCAAAAUCUCUGUACGGCAUCUCUCACCUCCGCCCUCAGUCCGUGUCACUACUCGUGGUCCCCGCUUCAUCGGCAACACGCCACCUCCGACCUGAACUGCCGGUGCACUAG